ACUAAACCUGGAGCAGAUCUAGAAAGGAACUAGGGAUGGGAUUGAGGGCUGGGCCUCAGCGGCCGAACUAAAGUUUAGACCUGAGAUAACGGGGAGGUGCUAAGGUUAAAGUGGAACAAAGAGGGAGAGGCCCGAAUGAACUGGGAGGACCCGGAUGAAGAGCGCAGCGGAAGCUCACACUUGGACUAAGACAACGCAGCCUAGAGCGGAGGGAGGCGGGAGACUGGGCAAGCAUGAGGCGGAGUUAAGGGCUGGACUGGGGCGAAGCUGAGAUGGGGGUUUACGUUGGACUCGGCCAAGCUGAGGUUCAGGGUUGGACUUAUGCGAGGAAGAGUCUUGUAGAGACGAAGAACUAGGCUGAGAGAUAUGUGGGUUAGGACGACACUGAGGAUUGAAAGGUGGACUAAGGAAAAAACUGAAGACGAUGCCAGCUGGUGGGACGAGAGCAGCACCGAUAUAAACAGGUUACCCAGCUGGGAGAGAGGACAUCUGCUGGCUGCUGUGGCAUCCAGCACUGACGCAUCUACCUUCUCUGAAGGUGAAUUCAAGGACACUGACAGGUGCUGCUGGAAACACAGAAAGUGCACCGGGCACAUCAUCCAUCCCUUCACCUCUGACUAUGGCCACCACGACGUGCACCUGCACUCUAUCAGCCACUGUGACUGUGAUUCUAGGCUGAAGGACUGCUCAGAGAAGACAUAUAGCAGUUCCGGAGAUGUGGGCCCAACCUGCUCCCAAGAUGUGGACUCAGCCUGUUUCAACAUCAUCCAGUGCCCAUGCUUUGAGCUCAUCCCAGAGGAAGAGUGUGUGGAGCGGUUCUGGUGUGGCUGGUGCAAAAGCUACAGGCCUGUCUCUGUGGCAGUGAUCCACCAUCCCAUCCACCAUGAGUGCAGGGCAGAUGACCUAAACCAAGAAGAGGAAGAGGAGGAGGAGGAAGAAGAAAGCAAGCCUCCCAUCCCGACCCAGGUGGGGCCCCCCGCCCUCCCCACCAACACAGGUAUGGGCAUGGUCACAGGUACCCCUGACUUAGCAGCUCCCAUCACCAUCUGGCGUUCCGAAAGCCCCACAGGGAAGUCCCAGGGCAGUAAGGUGAUCAAGAAGAUAAAGAAGAAAAAGGAAAAAGAGAAAGACGAGGAGGAGACGGAUGAAAAGGCAAAGGUGAAGAAAAAAGUCAAGAAGGGCAAGUUGACUAAGAAGAAAAGCCCAGUUAAAUCAGAAUCACCUCCAGACUUAAACCGAUCGUUCAGCCCAAGAGAGUUGGCCAGGAUGUCAGAGUCCAGCCCAGACAGCUGGCAAGAUCUGGAGAGUGAGGACAGUUACAAUGACCCUGGGCGGGAGGAACCCUCCAAUGGGGAUAUUGUGGAGUCUUCAUCACCCAGGAAGAGAGAGAAGAAUGGGGUCCAGGCCAAGAAGCCCAGGAUGAAGACCUCGCCAGUCAAGAAGGUCAACAAGAGGAAAUCUCCCCCAGCAUCAAACCCCUAUCUCAGUUGAGGCCAGGGCGACCAGGGUGAAGAAUAAAUGCGAUCAAGCCUGUAGCUGACCCCCUGCUUCUCUCUCCCUCCAACCUGGCUACUUCUGGGGAGAGGGGGCAGCCUCUGGGCAUAACUGGAGCCAAGGGGCUAAGGAGCUGCAGGUGUUUCUGAAGGGCAAUCCAUCUUUCAAGAGGAAGCCCAGAGAAGGCAGGUGGGAGGGCAGGCAAGGGGCACAGCCUGUUUCUCUGUAACAUCCUAGAUCCAGGGCAGCAGCACCUCUGGGUGGGAAGGAGGCUUCCUGUCUGUCUACUGGGAGACAGGUCUGUGCAAAAUCCACUUGGUGAUAGGCACUGUGUGCAGCGAUACCACUAGGUGAUAGGCACUGUGUGCAGCGAUACCGCUAGGUGAUAGGCACUGUGUGCAGCGAUACCGCUAGGUGAUAGGCACUGUGUGCAGCGAUACCGCUAGGUGAUAGGCGCUGUGUGCAGCGAUACCGCUAGGUGAUAGGCGCUGUGUGCAGCGAUACCGCUAGGUGAUAGGCGCUGUGUGCAGCGAUACCGCUAGGUGAUAGGCGCUGUGUGCAGCGAUACCGCUAGGUGAUAGGCGCUGUGUGCAGCGAUACCGCUAGGUGAUAGGCGCUGUGUGCAGCGAUACCGCUAGGUGAUAGGCGCUGUGUGCAGCGAUACCGCUAGGUGAUAGGCGCUGUGUGCAGCGAUACCGCUAGGUGAUAGGCGCUGUGUGCAGCGAUACCGCUAGGUGAUAGGCGCUGUGUGCAGCGAUACCGCUAGGUGAUAGGCGCUGUGUGCAGCGAUACCGCUAGGUGAUAGGCGCUGUGUGCAGCGAUACCGCUAGGUGAUAGGCGCUGUGUGCAGCGAUACCGCUAGGUGAUAGGCGCUGUGUGCAGCGAUACCGCUAGGUGAUAGGCGCUGUGUGCAGUGAUACCACUAAUAAAUUGAACCUUUCAACCCA